CAACACAAAACAAUUCCUUCUACAACUCUCACUUCCUUUUUUAAAAAAAAGACACACAUACAACACCUCAAACACACACCAAAAAAAAAAAUGGAUAUCCUUGGAUUGGGAUACAUUGAUGGCCUAAAGAGGUACUUGAGGAGAAGGAGAUAUCAAAGGUUGGAUGAUUCAGUUAGGAUGAAAAGGAAGCUGAAGAUUGUGCGUUUGGGAUCAAGGAAAAAUAGCAGCAGCAACAACAACAACAAUCGAAACAAAUCCAUGACGCCAAAGAGAAGAGGGUUCAGCAGGUUCAUCACUCCAUUGAAGCUUGCGGCAAGGUUACAUGAAGCUUACAUUGAUGCAAUGGUGCGUUUGGCAAGUUCAAAAAGGAUUGAUCAUGUCAACAAUGAAGCCAAAAGGGUUGCGAAAUCGCGACCGAUUCCGAUGUUGUCUGCUCCCACAAAUGAGAUGGUGGAUAGUAGAGUUGUGGUGGAAAUGUACAAGAGAGUUGUUUCAACGAGGGCUCAAAAUUCAUCCCUGCUCCUUCAAGAAGUUUGUUAAACAAUCAAUUACUUUUUGUUCAUUUUGGACUAAAAAAUAAGGCUUAUUCUAUGCUGGCUUUCUGUAUUAUUGGUGUAUGAUAGAAUAAUUCUUGAUUUAUUUUUUCUUCCUAUAAAACCAUGGGAAGGAUUCCACAACACUGUUAUGAUGUUAUCCCAACAAAGUGUAAAGGAAAGGAAAUAUUAUAGUGAAG